GAACUGCAAAGUCGUCCCGCUGCGGUCCUCCUCGGGAGGCUUUGAGUGAAAUGAGUAGUGGGGCUCCCGGGACUUUAAGCGUCAAUAAAACUGCGGAGUCUCCGGUUUCUGGAAGCGGUAAUAAAAGGAGGGAUUCCCUGGGUUCCGCCUCCUCAUGUCCUAUUUUUAAAGAUGUUGGUGAAAUAUAUUCCCGACUUCUGGACCACAGACCAGUUAUUCAAGGAGAAAUUCGUUAUUUCAUCAAAGAAUUUGAAGAAAAAAGGGGUCUCCGAGAAUUGCGGAUUCUUGAAAACUUAAACAACACAGUAUUUGAGGCAAAUGACAAGAUUUUGCCAAAAUGUGACGGAAUCAUGCAUGGAAAUCUAAAUGAAAUAUUAAAGAAAUUACAGGUAGCCAACCAGAUGUUCAACACGUGGCAGCAAACAGAACAGGAAGAAAGACAGCUUCAGACUGAGAAACUAAGGGCUGGUGAAGCUCAACGUAUGGCUGACUGGGAGGAAUUCACGAAGGAGCAGCACCACCUGAAAACAACGGUCAAUGAAGAACACACAAAAGCUAUGGAGCAUCUUAAAGAACAAUAUGAGGCUUUGGAGAAGGACCUCCCAAAACAGUCUCUCUAACAAACAGGCAUCUUCCACUAGUUUUCAAUUUUCAGGAUUUCCGGCACAGUAUUAGAAUUUAGAUAAAAAUAACAGGGACCAAAACCAAAAGUGCUAAGUUGUAACUGAAAUUUGGUUCCUUGCACUGAAUAAUUGUUUCAUUUUCAUUUAAGUGCAUGUGCGCACAUGCGUGCACACACACACACACACACAAAAGGUUUGAUAGCAGCAAUAACAGUAUUAUACUUCAACAAGCCAGAUUAAGUGCACAGUUAAAAUCUAUUUACGAAAUGAAUAAUUACAUACUUUUUGUUUGGGUCCUUUCAAGGAGCUCUCCUGUUACUUUCCUGAAGAAUUAGCUUCUGUUAGAGGCAGGGAGGAGUCGUAAUUAUGUGCAGACAUACAGCAGUAGCCUGACGUGUAGAGUAAUAACUGUAAAAGGCCCAUACACCUUGGGAGUAUAAUAGUCUGAAAUCCAUGAAUGAAUUCUUUAUGUUACUAAGGUUAUCAGUAUAAGUUUUAAAAACCUUGAGAAAGAAGUCAUCAUUUCACUGAAUUUGUUCUGACUAGAAACAAUGGGAGAGUAUUAGGUUGGCUGCCUUUGAGGUAUGUAUUUGUCCUAUUAGUGUUUCUGUGUGUUGUACAAAAAAUACUCUCAUAUGCUUAAUGGCCUGAAAGCUCUGGAAUAGGGUUAUGUAGAUUCAAAGGCAAAAUGCAAUUUGUAGUAUGCAGUGAUCUGCCUAUAAUAGUCACCUCAGACUUUCCCAGGAUCAUGCUGCAGCUGCAAAUGACGCACACACAACUCUAAGAAAAGUCACUGCUUCUUUAAGAUGUUCUUUACAGAUGCUACUUGGGGGUCCACACGCACAUUCAAGCAUGUGUUGGCUUUGAAUCUCCUGUGUAGCCCUUCACCGACAAUAUUUAAUGUUAUGGUUGAGCCCUUUUGGUGAACAUUGCAAAUGACCAGUGUUCUUGCAGAUCAAAUUGUGUUUUCCAAGUAAAUAGUAUUCUGGAGCAUAAUUAAUUUGUGGGUGAACUCCAUGAUUUGAUAUGUAUUAAAUAUUUGCAUACUGUGGGCCAAGUUCAUGAUUUAGUUCUUUGUCAUUUCAGUUGUAAAAAGAAAAGCAUUAAUAACAGGAUGAAUGUUGAGGUAAGUUAGGCAAUAGGCAGGAAAAUUGAAUGUUAUUUUAACGGGCAGUGUGUAAAAGAGAAAAAUGUAAAACAAAAUUACCCAUUAUCUAUGUUGCAAAUGCAAUAAGCCAACAAUAGGUUGCUUGUGCGAUUGUGUGGCUUAAUGUCAAGACUCUAUCCUGACAGUCUGUUGAUAAUGUGAUUAAAGCGAGCAGAGGAGAUGGAA